UGAGUUCGGGGGAAAAAGGAGCGCAGGGGAGAGGAUGAAGGCAGAGAGCGCGGUGAGUCACGGGCGGAGCUGGCCUCUCUCGCUCGCUUGCUCGCUCGCUGGCUCCCGCCCGCCCUCCGCCCUCCCGCUGGCUCUCACCACCCGGAUCGCCGCCAGUCGCUGGGUCUGGUCGCGGCCCCUCUAGCCUUUUACUCCUGACUCUCGCCCCUGAGAGCCAUCCUGCGCACAGGCCCAUGAGUGCCGAUCUGUAGCACGCCAGCCAGCCGUGCUUGCCCGGAGCCCGAGCUCAGCCUCCAGGUUCCAUCUGAGGUGCCCCUGACCGUCCCUGCCCCUACCCCCACCCCGGAUCCCGGCAAUGCUAACCGCUGUCUGUGGCUCUCUGGGCAGCCAGCACACGGACGCGCCUCACGCCUCUCCGCAGCGCCUCGACCUGCAGCCUCUUCAAACAUACCAGGGUCACACGAGCCCGGAGGCUGGGGACUACCCUUCCCCGCUGCAGCCUGGAGAGCUGCAGAGCCUCCCACUGGGCCCGGAGGUCGACUUCUCACAGGGAUAUGAGUUGCCAGGGGCCUCCUCGCGGGUAACCUGCGAGGACCUGGAAAGCGACAGUCCCUUGGCCCCGGGACCCUUUUCCAAGCUUCUGCAGCCGGACAUGUCACACCAUUACGAAUCGUGGUUCCGGCCAACGCACCCAGGCACAGAGGAUGGUUCCUGGUGGGACCUUCAUCCGGGCACCAGCUGGAUGGACCUCCCGCACACUCAGGGCGCAUUGGCUUCACCUGGCCACCCGGGGGCGCUUCAGGCCGGCUUGGGGGGCUAUGUCGGAGACCACCAGCUUUGUGCUCCGCCGCCUCACCCGCAUCCUCACCAUCUCCUCCCAGCUGCAGGUACGCAGCACCUUCUGGGGCCACCCGACGGGGCAAAGGCCUUGGAAGCGGCUGCGCCAGAGUCCCAAGGGCUGGAUUCCAGUCUGGAUGGGGCAGCCCGGCCCAAAGGCUCCCGUCGGUCAGUGCCCCGCAGCUCAGGCCAGACAGUGUGUCGCUGUCCCAACUGUCUGGAGGCGGAGCGACUGGGGGCUCCAUGCGGUCCGGAUGGGAGCAAGAAGAAGCAUUUGCACAAUUGCCAUAUUCCAGGCUGCGGUAAGGCCUAUGCUAAGACCUCGCACCUGAAGGCACAUCUGCGCUGGCAUAGCGGCGACCGUCCAUUCGUGUGCAACUGGCUCUUCUGUGGCAAGCGCUUCACGCGCUCGGAUGAGCUUCAGCGCCACCUCCAGACCCACACUGGAACCAAGAAGUUCCCCUGUGCGGUCUGCAGCAGAGUCUUCAUGCGCAGCGACCACCUGGCCAAGCACAUGAAAACCCACGAGGGUGCCAAAGAGGAGGCUGCGGGAGCGGCCCCGGGCGAGGCCAAGGCCGGAGGUGCAGUGGAGCCCCCGGGGGGCAAAGGCAAACGGGAGUCUGAGGGCAGCUCGGCCCCCUCCAACUGAAGCCCUCAGGUGCCGCCUCCCUGCUGGUGUCCCGAGGACAUCGAAAGAGAGCCCCUAGGUCUGAAUCCUAGUGGGGUAGCUUGAUCAAGAGGGGAAGGUGGUUAUUUAUUGAGGGGGAGGAAAAGUGGUGCAGGGACAGGGAGAAGGGCGCUGGGGGUUUUAGUCUCUGGGGCUGGACCGGUCGCCUUGGACUGUUUAGGCUGCGAGGAGCUGCACACGCCCCUCGGUUCUUCCCUUCCGCACUACUUCACUGGCCCCUGGCCCAGGGUUGGGUAGGAGUGGGGCACCCCUGCUGCAUCUAGGGGUAGAGGGGAUCGGCUGGAGGAGAUGGUGUGUCCUGGAACUGAGAGGAGUGGGGCCGGGGUGCUGCAGGUAGCUGUCUAGACACGUCCUUAGCGCCUGGGAACCCCGACAUAAAAGUGCCUCCGGACCCGCCCUGCGGCCCGGGUCCCUUUCAUCCCCCUUCUCAUGCUUCUGCCCCUAGGGCUUCCGGAGAGAGCUGAGAUGAGGUGGGGGAGGCCGGGGGUCCUUAGAGGGAGUGUCUAUCUAGCUUGGAGAGUUGCUGAAAUAACUCCUUUGAUGUGCCUCCUCAUUAACCCUUCCAGACCUGGUCUGAUGGAGCCACAAAGGAAGAGGGGACAGCUUCUAAGUCAGAGUUGUGGGUAGGGCACGCAGAGAUGUCCCUUUUUAAAAUGAGAGACGGGAAUAGGGAAGGGCUGCAGAUGGAAGAAACUAACCUUACCCUCUUCAACUCUGGUUCAGUCCUUAACUCUUGGUCAUUUAAAAAAUCUAGUAGUCCAUCUGUCCCAUUCAUUACCCUAGCUAGGAUUUUAAAGCAGCCAGUAGCACCAGCUCUAGAGUUGAUGUAGUGCUUCCCCUAGAUCCCCAUCAUCUGCCUUCCUCUUGGGAAUGGAAGGGAGGGGGUUACUUAGGCUGAUUGGGGAUAGGUAGGGGUGUCCUUGCUGAGGGACCCACAGUUUCCACCCAGUGUGGAGGACCCUGCCCCUGUCUUGCCUCUCCUGUCCGUCAAGAAACCAAGGCUCUGCUCUGUUAGCUUGACCCUUGCCCCUGCUAUAGAAUUCUCUCCUGUAUCUUGAGGGGAUACUCCCUUCAUUUGAAAGAGUUGUUCUCCCACUGGAAGAGAUUCCAGGAAGUUGUCCAGAUCCUUCCCUUCUCCUUUAGAUAUUAGAAAUACAUUUGGAUUGUGAUCAUGGGGGUGGGGAGGUGAGGAGCCCAGCAGAAGUUGAGCCAGGCGGAGGGAAAAGAAACAGAUAUGGGGAAGGGUCUGGCAGGCCACAGGACCCUGAAGCUGGGGGAGUUCCCAGGAGAGAGUUAGGGGCCUUGAGUCCCUAUGACAUCCCCUCCCCUUGCUCCCCUCUCUCCACCCAGAGCCCUCUGCAGGGAUUAGCUGUGUAUUGAUUUUUAAGUUAUAAGCAAAGGGUAUUUUAUUUAAUAUUAGGGCAUGUGUGUGUGUGCAUGUGUGUGUGUUGUGUGUACACUGUGUGUCUAUGUGUGUGUUUCUCUACUGAGCCUGGGGUCUCCUGAGACCCCAUCUUGUUCACCCGUCCAAGGUCUAGGGCAUAGUCCCACAGCAUCUCUCCCUCCGUUGGGGAUGUUGGAGCCCAGUCCAAGGACUGGGAGCUAAAUGGGAAGUGGGGGCUGGGAUCUGGGUGGGAAUAUGUGUUUGUGUAGAAAGGGCUCCCCUUGAAAGGGACAGGGUGACUUUCCCUGUGGGACUCAUGAGCCUGGAGUAGUUUAAGAAGUAAAGUUCUUUCUAUAUUCUCCCUCUUUCCCCACUUCCUGCUGUCACAACCAGAGGCCCCUUCCUUGAGAGAGCUUUGAGUGCAGGAGGGGAGUUGACUGAGCUUGCAGGUUGCCUGACCAGGUGGAGAGGGGGAGAAAGGAGGGCACCGUGGGUGUAGGAUACCUCUCUCCGCCCAUCGAAACCAGCCACCCCCUCCCUGUGCUACCAAGUGACCAUUCAGAGGGGAACUCCCACAUGGGUGUUGGUAGGGGGUUCUCCCUUAAAGAGACCCCAAAUCCUAAGGUAUGCAGGUGGGGGCCUUGAAUAGGUUUUCUUCUGCUCCCCUCUUUUAUAGUUCUAGGUUUCUUGGCUGCCUGCCCUUCUAGACAGCCCCCCUAGAGGAAAAUGUAGGAAUAUUUUUUUCUUUAACUGCUGUGAACCCAUUUGUGGGGGGGAGGAGGAGGAAGAAACAGCCUGUGUUUUUUAUGCAACAAUAAAGUCAUCAACCCCA